ACGGAUGGCGGAAGACAGAUUCGAGAGAACCCGCAGACGCCGAGAGGCGGAACAAAACCUACCGCUACAAUUCGGAAGAAAAGGCCGUCGGCGGAUUUUCUUCGGACGGCGAGCGCCACGCGAGAAGAAGCGUACGGUAGGUGUCGCUCUAUUACUAAUUUCUCCGCAGAAUACGUGGGCCAAGUAGUCCAAGAGAAGGGCCUCACUAAAAACAAAGCAGUUGCAACAAUGGAAGCCAAACAACUUAUCGCCGUGGAACUUCGUAAUAUUUCUAGCCGCCGCUCUCAUGAGUUUUGCCUUAUUGUAAGCGUGUGGCCUCAUGCAGUCCCCUUAUAACCACACCGUAAUGCUGCUGUGUUUUUUUUUUUUGUGUGUCCUCCAUGCGAUUACUGUGUUUACGAUAGUAACGGUUGUGGGCAAUCGUUACUGUAUUUAAGAGCGCUUAUGCUUAAUAGCAUUAACUGCCUUAUGUAAGGACUUAAAAUGCGCUGUCAAAAACACUGGGGCGGAAAAGGUCGACAUUUUCCUAAAUGGCCACGCUGACGUAAAACGCUAAUUCUUCCUCUUUCGUGAACCGAUAUUCUGCUCUCCUACGAUCGGCCACCCUCAGCUGUGCCCCGGGGCUCCUUGACCUGCGAUGGGUGGAAUACGGAGGAGAGGCGGAGGAGAGGGUGACCCGGGGGCUCCUACAGCCGAAGAUGCGCGCGAAGGGGGCCCCCCCAUCACGCCUUCCUCGAGGCCCUUCGAACCCCUCUCUGGGCUGUGCUCAUCGAGACGAGAAGAGGAGGAGGAGGAGGAGGAAGGGAGCCUCGAGGACAACAUGCAGAGCUGCACAAAGAAGAAUGAGAGAAAGAGCGCGGAGGAUCCGGGAAAAGCGGAGCGGACGAGGAGCGACACCGCCGGACUCGUCGUAGCGCCGCCGCCGCCGGAGCCGCUCAGGAGUUUAGGUCUCCAGGACGACGAGGACGUGCGGCUCAUGAUGCACGGUUCCAGCAUGCUGAAGGUGCGCUCUCCUCGCUGGCAGAAGCGGCGCCGCCUGCGCUUGCUGGAGGACGGCCUCACCGUGUGGUGCGAGUCCAGCAAGACGAGCAGGAGGGCCAAGGCACGGCAGACCUUCUUGGUGACGGACGUGGAGUGCGUGCGCGAGGGCUGCCAGUCGGAGGUCCUGCGCAGCCUAGGGGGCGCCGUGCCCGAGGGCCAGUGCUUCACGCUGCUGUUCAGGGGCGGCAGGAAGAGCCUGGACCUGCGCUGCUCCACCGAGGAGGAGGCCCGGCGGUGGGUCCGCGGGAUCCGCACCCUCCGCGACCGACUGGAUAAUAUGACCCAGAAGGAGAAGCUGGACAACUGGAUCCGAGGAUACCUGCGGCGCGCCGACCUCAACCAGGACGGCAAGAUGAGCUACGAGGAGGUGAAACGCCUGCUGCAGAUGAUCAACAUCGACCUGAGCGAGCAGUACGCCCGCUGCCUCUUCAAGAAGUGCGACCGCUCUGCCGACGGACGCCUGGACGACGAGGAGACGGAGGAGUUCUGCCGGGAGCUGCUGCGGCGGCCCGAGCUGGACCACGUGUUCCACCAGUACUCCGCCAACGGCUGCGUUCUGUCCACCGCCGAGCUGCGCGAGUUCCUGCGGGACCAGGGAGAGGACGCUUCGCUCGUCCACGCCCAGAGCCUCAUCCUCACCUACGAGCUCAACGAGUGGGCCCGGAAGAACCGGUUCAUGACCCCGAACGGCUUCACCCUCUACAUGCUGUCCCGCGAGAACGACGUGUUCGACCGCGAACACACGCACGUGUACCAGGACAUGCAACAGCCCCUGGCGCACUACUUCAUCUCCUCGUCCCACAACACCUACCUGACCAGGGACCAGGUGACCAGCGACAGUAGCACAGAGCCCUACAUCAGGGCUCUGAACCAGGGUUGCCGCUGCGUGGAGCUCGACUGCUGGGAUGGCGAUAACGGCGAGCCCAUGAUUUACCACGGGCACACGCUGACGUCCAAGGUGACCUUCCGCGAGGUCAUCGAGACCAUCGCCCAGUACGCCUUCAAGGCCUCCUCGUUCCCGCUCAUCCUCUCCCUGGAGAACCACUGCAGCGUGGAGCAGCAGACGGUGAUGUCUCAGCAUCUGCGCGGCAUCCUGGGGGACAAACUGCUCACGAAGCCCCUCGGUGACCAGCCGCCGACCACGUUGCCUUCUCCAGAGGAGCUCAAGGGCCGGAUCCUGGUGAAGGGGAAGAAGGAGCGAACGCUGCCCGAGAAGACGGACAGCUCCACAAGCUCCGCCUCCAGCUCCGAAGACGAGGCGUCUGAAGAGAGCAAGAAAAGAAAGAAAGAAGCCGGGAAGGCUUCACCGUCCAAACUGAGCCCGGCGCUGUCGGACCUGGUCGUCUACUGCCGCAGUGUCCCCUUCCGUGGCUUCAGCCAAGCGGCUAAGAAGGCGGCCAAUGAGAUCUCGUCUUUCUCGGAGAGCGACGCCCUCAGACACAUCAAGGAGGCCGGGAAGUGGUUUGUUCGCCACAACAGCCGGCAGCUCAGCCGCAUCUACCCCUCUGGACAGCGUCUGCAGUCGUCCAACUACAACCCGCAGGACAUGUGGAACGGCGGCUGUCAGCUGGUGGCGCUCAACUUCCAGACGGCAGGCGAGCAGAUGGACCUCAACCAGGGUCGCUUCCUGCCCAACGGACGCUGCGGCUACAUCCUGAAACCGAGCUUCAUGCGUGACCCCGAGUCCGACUUCGACCCGGAGAACACGUGCGGAGGCCCUGGACACGACCCCGUGCUGCUGACCGUGCGGGUGAUCUCAGCGCAGCAGCUGCCCAAAGUGGACAGAGACAAACCCCAGUCCAUAGUGGACCCCAUGGUGUGGGUGGAGGUGCACGGGGCGCCCAUCGAUAACGCCCGCGAGAAAACGCCCCACGUCGCCAACAACGGCUUCAACCCCCGCUGGGACUGCACCCUCCGCUUCCAGCUGCAGGUUCCGGAACUGGCUCUGGUCCGCUUUGUCGUCGAAGACCACGACUACGCCUCCCGCAACGACUUUGUGGGCCAGUUCACGGUGCCGUUCACAAGCAUGCGCACAGGUUACCGCCACGUCCACCUGCUGAAGGCCGACGGUUCCGGUCUGUCCCCCUCGACGCUCUUUCUCCACAUCAAGGCGGAGCCCAAGGGCCGGACCGCCAAGCGCGCGAGUCCGAGGCGCCCGUAGCUCCAGGGCCUCACGCGGCGCGACCCGGGUACGGGGGCGCCCCUCCCUCCAGCCGGCGCGGGAGCGCUUAGAGCGGCCGCUUCUCGACUCGGCGGUCACGGGUUCGAAUCCCGCCUCCUGCUGCGUUUCCCCCCCAAAGCUGCUCCUGCUCUAUUAGUGGGUGAAACAACGGCGUAACUGUGUAGCAGAGUUGAGUCGCAACCGCCACAGAAAGGGGUCGUCUUCGUUUAAAGGACGACUUGGCGGUGAUGGAGAGAUGCUGGAAACGCAGAGUCUGCAGUCGUCCUCACUGGGACGCGUACCGCGGUAAAUCCGAAAGCGUCGCGGCGUGUUUACGGAGCCGCUUGACAGCGUGUGAACCCUGUAGGGAUGGUUGUCAUUCUUGUGUAAAACACUAAAAUGACCUCAUUUAGAUCUACCCCAGCUAGUAGUGUAGUGGUUAGAGAUGCUGCUUUUGGACCCGAAGGUCAGAGGUUCGAA